AUGAAAUCGGGGCCUCGCCCUUGUCUUCUUCGCCGGAGACUGCAAAUGAUGGGAAUUCUAUCGAUAAAGAAGAGGCAUAGGCAUCGCCUCUCGAUCCAAUCCGUCUCCCCUGGCCUCCCCAACACACUCUUGAUACGAAAAAAACCUCCCACCAUAGAGAAGAGAUCUAAAGUCUGGGUCCCGCUGAUCACCCUUUCCUUUGAACCUGAACUGGUCGAGAGAGAUGAACCCGCACCACAUUUUCUAACCUUCGAACCGAAACCCCAACUAGAGAUGGAAUUCAAGAACCUAAACAACUCAGUUGAGAGCUACCGCAGGUGUUCGUCAACGAUGAAAGCCGCUGAACUUAAGAUUCGAGUUGAGAAAGAGUGCCCAGGAGAGGAGGGCUUCGGGGACUGGGGAAGACGAGUGGAUUAUAGAGUGAGGGGCGGAUCGAAGGGGAAGGGCAGAUCCUCUGCAGUAGGAAGGUGUUCGUUGCUGGGACGGGUUCAAACUGGACUGAAGGGAGGAGGAAUUCAAGACUCCGAUCUUACUGGGGAUUCAUCACUGGCUAGGGCUCUCGAAUCAAAGCAUGGGCAUCUGCAACUAAGAGAAGAGGGAACAGUAGAUCGUCGAUUGACGAGCCGGGUCAGUAAACUUAUAUUGAUUAUUGAUUCGACUAGACCUAUCAGCAAACUUGUAUGA